AUGAAUGGAGUUAUUGCUCGAUGCUCAUACUUUGGGGGACGAGCAGGGCUGGCAGCUACUUUGCGGACAAAUUCCUCAAUUUCCGAGGGGCUGCGUCGGGAAUUGACGUUGCGGAGACUGCCUUUAGCAUUUGAUUAUCUGCAUCCCCAGCCCUCUCAUCUCCUGGAUUUGACGCUCAGGGGUGUUCUCCCAGAUCCUCAACCUUUAUCAGAGGAUGAUGUCGCCCUUCCUUCCGUGAAUUCUAAUCGCUUCCUGCCGGCGGGCCAUCAUUUAGUUUACUUUCCUCCUCAAGUCGCUCUAUCGCAGCUACUACCAGAUGGUACUGAUGCCCUGCAUAGUCCAGGAGAACCCUUUGGUAGGCGUCUGUGGGCUGGUGGGAAAGUCAGGUUUCCGGCUGCUAGUGAGCUAGUUCUCGAUGGUAGCCGAGCCGUGUGUAUCGAGACGAUUCGUGAUGUAAUUGUGAAAGGACGGCAGGGUGAGGAGAAGGUUGUCGUCAAAAUAGAGAGACGGGUGGCUACAGUGCAAGAAGAUGAGAAAGAGAGUAGUAUCCGGGAGCGUAUAUGGAAGGAAGAUGAGGACAAUGUUGGGCAGUCGUCCAUCAUUGAAAAUAGGGAUUUGGUCUUUAUGCGCAAAAAGACGCGUGAGCAGCUGGACCAUGAUAGAGCAAAAUUUGAGGAAGAGCCUCGAUUUAUUACAUCACCAGCAGACCCUGAAUUUCGUCACAAAAUCAAGCCCAGCAGGGCUCUGCUAUUUCGCUUCUCAGCUCUUACGUUCAAUGCUCACGCCAUCCACCUUGACGAAGCCUACACUCGAAAUGUGGAAGGCUUUCGGAGUCUGCUCGUGCAUGGCCCCUUGACCUUAGCAUUACUGCUAACCGCCCUUCACGCUCAUUUAAUCAAGUACAAUCGGAACAUCAGGGAGAUCGAAUAUAAAAACCUGGCUCCCCUCUAUGCUGAAGAAUCCUUAUCGAUUUGUGGGAAACCCAAAACAAGUAAAUAUAAUGCGGCAUGGGAUGUGUGGAUUGAGAACAAAAACGGGGGUCUUGCUGUUCGAGGCGUUGUUCAAACAGAUCCUUUGUAG